CGCUCAUAAGAGUCGCAACACUGUCGAGCGCGUCAAACAAAACACUGUUUCGCCUCGGUCUAUUUUUUUUUUUUUUUUUUUUUUUUCCCUCUUCCCACGAAUCCUUGUGGCCGCGUGUGCUUUUCAAAUUGUUCGCGAUUCCGAUAAAAAUAGAUAUAGGUACAUACAUAUUGUACACCGAAAAAGAAGAUGCUGAAGAACCUGGUGAAAUUCACAGUGAAAACCGGUCAGUCGAAAUCGUUGAACAAAGAGUGCCGUCGUCACCUCAACAUCCACGAGAAUUCGGCGUACUCGUUGUUGAAAUGCGCCGGCAUACCAGUCCCGAAGUACGGGCUCGCCAAGACGCCCGACGAAGCGGCCAAAAUAGCUGCCGAUCUCGGCUCCAAGGACAUCGUCCUGAAAGCCCAGGUUCUCGCCGGCGGACGGGGCAAGGGUAAAUUCAUCGGCAGCAACGCCAGUGGGGUCAUUAUGUGCGAAUCGCCGGAGGAGGCGAAACAGUUGGUCAGUCAGAUGUUGGGCAAGUACCUGGUGACCAGACAAACCGGCGAGGCCGGUAAGAUAUGCAACUCCGUGAUGGUCACCACGAGAAUGUUCACGCGGAAGGAGCUCUACCUCUCAGUGAUGAUGGCGCGCGAAUUCGAAGGCCCGGUGGUAAUAUCCUCGAAGGAGGGUGGGGUGAACAUCGAGGAGAUCGCGGCCACGAACCCGGGGGCGAUAUCCUACACGCCGAUCGACAUCGGCAAGGGCUUGAGCGCCGAGCAGGCGGACGCGAUCGCCUGCAGCUUCGGCAUCCCCGAUCCGGCCGCCAUCUCGGAGAUCGUUUGCAACCUUUACGAGCUGUUUGUGGAAAAGGACGCCACCCUGCUCGAGAUCAAUCCCCUGGUCCAGGACCUGUGCGGGCAGUAUUACGCGUUGGACUGCAAGUGCAAUUUCGACGACAGCGCCGAGUUUCGGCAAAAGGACCUGUUCGCCCUGCGGGACUGGAGCCAGAUGGACCCCGUCGAGGUGACGGCUGAUAAGUUUGGCUUCAACUACAUCGCUCUGGAUGGCAACAUCGCUUGCAUGGUCAACGGUGCCGGUCUGGCCAUGGCAACUAUGGACAUUAUCAAACUCUACGGCGGCGAGCCGGCCAACUUCCUCGACGUCGGUGGUGGAGCUGACGUCAACACCAUCACCGAGGCUUUCAAGAUCGUCAUGUCGGAUCCUAAGGUGGAAUCGAUUUUUGUAAAUAUAUUCGGUGGUAUUAUACGGUGUGAUAAAAUAGCGGAGGGUAUAAUCGCGGCGCUCAAGAAUCUCAAGAUACCCCUUGUGCCGGUGGUUGUGAGGUUGCAGGGUACAAACGCGGAAAAGGGGAGAAAAUUGAUAUUGGACGCGAAACUGAAAAUCAUUCCGAUCGACGACAUGGCGGAGGCCGCGGAAGCGAGCGUCUCGGUUGCCGAUAUUUGCCGAUUAGCGAAGAACCUCAACCUCGACAUUGAAUUGACGCCCAAAGCCAAAAAGGACAAAUCAGCAGCCGCAGCUCUUCCACCACCAAAGAUGGCCACCAUGCUGUCGCGGACGAUCAGCCUCGCGGAGUCUCUCAGCCGCUUCAACGGCGCCAAGAUAUUGGCAUGCGCCACAAACGGCAGCUUAAACAAGCAGCCCAGCCGGAAUCUCAAUGUCCACGAGCACAUAAGCUACAGCGUUCUCAAUGAAGCCGGCAUACCUACGCCCAAGUUUGGCGUCGCCAAGACACCAGACGAGGCAGCUAAGCUUGCAAAAGACCUCAACACCAAGGAUAUCGUGCUCAAGGCCCAAGUGUUGGCCGGUGGCCGUGGCAAGGGCCACUUCAAGGGCGGAAAUGUCAGUGGCGUCAAGAUGUGCGAGACGCCGGAGGAGGCGAAACAUUUGGCCAGUCAGAUGUUGGGCAAGCUCUUGGUGACAAAACAAACCGGCGAAGCUGGAAGAAUAUGCAACGCAGUCAUGGUCACCCAGAGGAUGUUUCCGCGCAAGGAGUACUACUUGGCAGUUAUGAUGGAGCGAGCUUUUGGAGGUCCAGUCAUCAUCGCCUCGAGUCAGGGUGGCGUUAACAUCGAGGAGGUCGCCGCCACCAAUCCUCAGGCCAUUAUGUACGAACCCAUCGAUAUCAACAAGGGCAUUACCAAAGAUCAGGCCGACAGAAUCGCCGUCAAACUUGGACUCGAAAACGUCAAAGAUUACAUUUCUCAGAUGAUACUCAAUAUGUACAGUCUGUUCGUAAAGAAGGACGCGCUUCUGAUCGAGGUGAAUCCUCUUGCCGAAGACAUCAACGGAAAAUAUUUUGCGCUGGAUUGCAAAUGCAGGUUCGACGACAACGCCGAGUUUAGGCAAAAGGAUCUGUUCGCGCUGCGCGACUGGACGCAAGAAGAUCCGAAAGAAGUAGAGGCUGCAAAAUUCGAGCUCAAUUACAUCGCUCUGGAUGGCAACAUUGGCUGCAUGGUGAAUGGCGCCGGCCUGGCCAUGGCAACUAUGGACAUCAUCAAGCUGCACGGUGGUGAACCGGCCAACUUCCUGGACGUCGGAGGUGGUGCGACUGCGUCAGCCGUCAAGGAAGCCUUUAAAAUCAUCACCUCGGACAAGAAGGUUCACGCGCUACUAGUUAACAUUUUUGGAGGUAUUAUGAGGUGCGACGUCAUUGCCGAAGGUAUUAUAGCUGCAACUAAAGAGCUUGACCUCAAAAUACCAGUUGUUGUUAGAUUACAGGGAACCAACGUUGAUGAGGCUAAAGCUUUGAUCGCAAAUGCAGGCUUAAAAAUCGUGCCCGUCGACGAUCUCGAUGAGGCUGCCCGAGUCGCUGUCAAGCUGUCCACUAUCGUCAAACUCGCUCAGUCCGCGAAUCUGAGCGUAAACUUCGAAAUACCUCAAAUCUCCUAAAAUGUGUUUCGUAAAAAAAAAAGAAAAAAAAAAAAUAAGAAAAAAUUAAAAUUUUAAACGAUUGAGAAGAAAGCUAAGUUAAUCGGUAAUAACUAAAAGUAAAUAAGUAAAGCAAUGUGUGAUAAUCGCACCUAUUGUUUCAAAGGGAGUGCAAUCAGUCACGUGUACACAUCCCAAGAGACAACACGAUUGCAUACAACACACAAUGCUAACGAAGUUUGUUGAGAAACCGUGCGCAACCUUUCAUCAAUGUGCUAGAGAUAUGCGAAUAAACGAGUUUUUGCUGCCACUCGCGCCAACUGUCAAGAUGAAUCGUGCACGUGUAGUAUAAUAGUGACAUUCACUUUGACGCUAUUGCGGGUGGCUAUCGAUUCACUUUAGAUUGGUUGUGCUGCACAUGGCAGUAAAAAUUAGAUACUUUGAUAAGUUACGUACGGUUCAUCGGUUAUAUUUUCCUGCUCUUGGGGUUGUAUUUGUUCCAAACUCAAGUUCGUCUGUUUAAAUGCGUUUUUAUUAAAAGUCUUUUGGUUGCUCCGAGCGCCAGAAGGACACGGGGCUGCCAAGUAACGUUGAAUAUGAUAAAUAUUUAUCAAUCUUGAAUGAACGUAAUAGGAAAAAAAGCAUCGCUGUAAUUCGUGUAUGGAAACAUGUAAUUAUACGCGCUGUAACUCAUACGAACACUUGAAUUUUUCUCUCUAUCUUUGAUGCAAGCAUGAAAAAAGAAACGAUAAAUCAUUGUUUUUCGUAACUUAAUUUUUAGUAAUUUAUUUUAUUCGAGUGGCUUUUACAUCUAAACUUUACACCUCUCUCGAGAGAAACGUAUGUGCUUCAGUAUUAAGGGAACAUUUCAGUGUUUGAAAGUAAAAAAAAAUAAAAUUAUUCUGGGUGAAAAAAAUAAAUCUCUAUGUUAACAAAUACGUUUACAUAUUUUUACACCUCCAGAAUUUCGGGAUAAACGGAGCAAAUGAACGAAUCAUUGUAAAACCUAAUCUUAAUAUUAUUGUGUUUGAGUCAGCCUGUUUAAUGUAAUAUAUAUACAUAGUUAUAUAUACAUAAAUUAUUUUACAUAAUUUCA